CGUCGACACUGUUCACACAUCACAUCUCCCCAACGUCAUCUCAUGGAGGGGGCUUCUUCUCUGUAUCGAUCGUCGCUGCGAGCGGCUUCUUCCUUGGCACGAUCACACCAGUACAGGCCAUCCCCGAUAUGCGCGCGAUGUCUACACACGUCUGGGUCGAAAAGUGCCACGCCGGUCUCACACCCGACCGUGCUGGGACCUCCGCCUUCAGCACCCGAAAAGUCGCCCCUCCAUCCCGAGAGCCGACUAGCGAGAAAGAGAGAGCAGCUGGAACUGGUGAAGCAGGGCAGAAAUAGCAGGACAGACCCGGCAAAACCCACAUCCGCUCUACAGAAGCGCUUCUGGAAGAAUGUUGCAGUGGCCGAGACCAAAGAUGGAGGACUGCAGAUUAUGCUCGAUAGUCGGCCUGUGCGGACAGCCACCAAAGAAGUGCUCACUCUGCCCAAGAGCAAGCGCGCACUCGCAGCAGCCAUCGCCAUUGAGUGGGAUCAACUUGUGUCCGCGCAACAGGCAUUGAAACAGCACUAUAUUCCCCUCACUUCGCUGACAUCACGAGCCCUCGACAUCGAAAUUGCCGAUCGCGCAGGCGACUCUACCAUCCGCGAGAACAUCGUCAAGAUGGCUUUGCGCUAUCUAGCCACGGACACGCUGCUCUGCUGGGCGCCCGAGAGCAAUCCACACGACAACCACCCGGGAGCGAUGCAACAGCGAUCCACCAAGAAUCUCCGCGCACGCCAAAGGGCCAUUGCAGAACCCAUCAUUGCCUUCCUGACGACACACAUCUUCCCGGGCGUGGAGAUUGUGCCUGUGCUGAGUGAAGAUAGCAUCAUGCCCCUCCCACAGCCGGAAAUGACCACGCAAGUCAUCAGUGGCUGGUUGGCAGGUUUGUCGGCGUUUGACCUCGCAGCAGUGGAGCGAGCAAUUCUGGCGACGAAGAGUCUGACCAUCGCCGUGCGGCUAUUGGUCGAGUGGAGCUCAGAAUGGAAGAGUCUGCACAAUGCACCCGGAAAGGACAAAUUCGGCAUAUCACAUGCGGAGGAGGCGAGCUCGUUGGAAGUGCUGCAUCAGACGGAGCAGUGGGGUGAAGUCGAAGAUACCCACGACGUGGAGAAGGAGGACUUGCGAAGACAACUGGGUAGUGCCAUAUUGCUGGUGAGCUGAGUUUGAGUUGGGACGAUUGUAUGUAGGUAUGUAUGAUGAAUAACCGAAGUGAAGACUUGUGGCAGAAUUGAGGAAGACAAACGUUCUUCUGCCGAGCUUGUACAAAUUGCUACUUUAGCCACCUUCCAGGGCACUGAUUUAUGACGAACUUUCUGCCUCU